GUGGAGUUGGGGUUCAGUGGGAGGAAGUAAAAGCAGGGUGCAAGGCGGUUGGUUGCUGAGUCUGGAGCUGAUUUAAGGACCUCUACCAUGGACCCACCACCGCCGAGCCAAGACUCUCCAACCCAGCCAGCGGCCACCUCUCCACUGUCACCCUACCGUUGGCACACAGGAGGUAGCCGGGAGAAGGGAUCUGGAGGGUCCCGCUGGGGUCUCCUGGCCGGCUGGGGGAGGGCACUGAGCCACCAGGAGCCCCCGGUUAGCAGCCAGCCAGCUCGACGCUCCCUAUUUCGUCGGGUGCUCUCUGCACCCCCCAAGGAGUCUGGAACCAGUCGCCUGCGGCUCUCCAGGACCCUGUGGGGGAGGCAUAAGAGCCCAUCGCUGGAGCCAGAGGCCAAGCCAGAAGCUCCAGAGCCUGAGCUGGAGCCACAGCCAGAGCCACCUGUGUCACAGAUUCCUGAGGCCCCCAGCCCUGAUGUGGCUGUCUGGGACAUUGGGGGGUUCACCUUGUUGGAUGGAAGACUGAUGCUGCUUGGAGGCGAGGAAGAGAGUCCUUGGAGGCCCCGGGCUGGAAGCGGGAGCUCAGAAGGCAGCACACAAGCCUUCCUGGGGAAACUCCGGGACCCAGAUCGAACCCCUGGGAAGACUGAUCUAGAAGCUUCUGGCUCCAAUCAGGUUCACAAUGUGAGGGGAUUGCUCAAGAGAAUCAAAGAGAAGAAAAAGAUCAAGUCGGAACUGGAAGCCAAUGCUCUCCGCGAUGGACCUCCCAGUGCUCUGGGCUCCAGAGAGUCACUUUCCACGCUCUCAGACUUGGACCUGGGAGCCAAGCGGGAUGUGCAGGUGUGGCCACUGCACCACAGCCUCCUGGGGGAACCCUAUUGCUUCCAGGUGACUUGGGUGGGCGGGAGCCGCUGCUUCUCCUGCCGAUCAGGCGCUGAGAGAGAUCGAUGGGUAGAAGACCUGCGCCAACAAUUCCAGCUCAGCCCGGACAACGCGGAGCGGGAAGAGACGUGGCUGAGCGUGUGGGUACACGAGGCGAAAGGGCUGCCCGGAGCGGCAGUGGGGACCCCCGGUGUGCGCGCCGAGCUGUGGCUGGACGGGGCGCUGCUGGCGCGCACGGCGCCCCGGCCUGGCCCGGGCCCGCUCUUCUGGUCCGAGCGCUUCCACUUCGAGGCGCUGCCGCCCUCCCGCCGCCUGUCGCUGCGGCUGCGCAGCGCGGGCCCGGCGGGCGCCGCUCUGGGCAGGGUGUCGCUGGUGCUGGAGGACUCGAGCGCGCCCGGAGCUCCCGCCGCCGGCGUGGAGCGCUGGUUCCCGCUGCUCGGGGCGCCGUCGGGGGCCGCGCUGCGGGCGCGGAUCCGGGCGCGACGUUUGCGCGUGCGGCCGUUGGAACGCUACAAGGAGCUGGCCGAGUUCCUCACCUUCCACUAUGCGCGCCUCUGCGGGGCGCUCGAGCCCGUACUACCCGCUCAGGCCAAGGAGGAGCUGGCCGCUGCCAUGGUGCGCGUGCUGCGGUCCACCGGCCAGGCGCAGGCGUUGGUGACAGACCUGGGCACUGUGGAGCUGGAACGCUGUGGAGGGCGGGAGGCUUUGCUGUUCCGAGAAAACACAUUAGCCACCAAGGCAAUGGAUGAGUACAUGAAGCUGGUGGCCCACGAUUACCUUCAGGAGACCCUGGGACAAGUCUUGCGAUGUCUCUGUGCCUCCACUGAGGACUGUGAAGUGGACCCCAGCAAAUGCCCAGCCUCAAAGCUACCACAGCACCAGGCCAGACUCCAAAAGAGCUGUGAGGAGGUCUUUGAAAUCAUCAUCCACUCCUUCAACUGGUUCCCGGCAGAACUGAGUGCUGUGUUCUCAGGCUGGCGAGAAGUGUGCAAAGCACGCGGAUGUGAAACGCUAGGCCCCAGACUGGUGUGUGCCUCUCUCUUCCUGCGACUCCUAUGUCCUGCCAUCCUGGCACCCAGCCUCUUUGGCCUAGCCCCAGAGCAUCCAGCACCUGGCCCGGCCCGCACCCUCACGCUGAUCGCCAAAGUCAUACAGAACCUGGCCAAUUGUGCUCCGUUUGGCGAGAAGGAAGCCUACAUGGACUUCAUGAACAGCUUCCUGGAGGCCCACGGACCAGCCAUGCAACACUUCCUGGACCAAGUAGCUGUGGUAGACGUUGAUGCCACACCUAGUGGGUACCAGGCCAGUGGCAAUCUAGCUCUCCAGCUGGCAGUCCUGCAUGCCCAGCUCUGUACCAUCUUUGCAGAACUUGACCAGACCACCUGUGACAACCUGGAACCACUGCCUACCAUCCUGAGAGCCAUUGAGGAGGGCCGGCCUGUGCCAGUGUCUGUGCCAAUGCAUCUGCCGCUGCCUCACACCCAGAUUCACUCCAGCAUCUCCACAGGGGAAAAGCCUGGCUUCUUGGCUCCCCGAGACCUCCCCAAGCACACCCCUCUCAUCUCUAAGAGCCAGUCCCUGCGCAGCUUUCAGGGCUCGGGGAGCUGGGCCCGCAGACGGCUGGAGGAAGAACGACCCCCGCCGCGGCCCCGGCCGGUGCAGCGCACACAGAGCGCCCCGGCCCGCCGGCCCGCCCGCCGCCGCCCGUCUGUGGGGCCCCGUCCGCGACCCAGAGGCUCCCUAUACACGGGGCCUGCGGCCCGCAGCCGGCCCCGGACCGAGGCCUCCGCCACGCUGCCUCGGAAGCCGUCGGUGCCCUGGCAGCGCCAGCUGGACCAGCCGCGGGAUCGAGACCAGGUGCUGGGCACGUCCCGACCGGUGGGCAAGCUGGCUGAACUACAGAGCGAGGUGGCCACGCUGCGCGAGGAGCAGAAAGCGCUGUCGCGCCACGUGGAGUCGAUGAGCUCCGAACUCCGGGUCCUGACCCAGCAGCAGGAGCAGCUGCGCCGCCAACUGCAAGACCUGGACUCCCCGAGGCGAGCUGGGACCUCAAAACUGGAUCCGAAGGAUGAUGGUCUUCCAAGCAAUGAAGACCACAUACUGAAAAGUCUGCAUGAUCGCCUGGCUCAGAUGGAGCGUACUCAGGUCCAACUGAGGGAUGUAAUCCAGAACCUGCAGCUUGUUUCCAGGACAACAGGGUCCCAGAGCCAGCCUCUGCCCCUCGAAGCUCCCUGCACCAAUGGAGACACCACUUGAGCAGUCCAUCCCACUGUACACGGCCUGGGUGCGAGCCUCAGAUGUCACCAUCUUUGGGGAGGGGGGUGAUGAUGAAGAAAGGUCUUGAGUUGCCCAAGUCAUGUAAGAUGCCCUAAAGUGAGGAAGUAGAGGUGUGGACUACUCGGGUUGCCCAGUAAAAAUCUCGAUUUCAGUAAAAAAA